AUGCAAGAGCUCCCGCCGUCACCGCGACGCUUCAAUGAUGAAGAGGGCGAGCGGACCGCAGCCCCGGCAGUGGCGAGGUUGAAGGCGGAGAUAGCGGGUCACCCGCUGUUCGAGCAGCUACUCUCCACCCACGUCGCGUGCCUGCGAGUCGCCACGCCAGUGGACCAGCUGCCGAGGCUCGACGCUCAGCUCGCCCGCUCCAACGAGGUCCUCUCCAACUACUCCGGCGUCUCCGCCGCUGCCGAGGACGAUGCCUCGUACAGAGCUCGGGAACUCCAUCAGUUCAUGACACAAUAUCUAUUGCUGCUGCUUACCUUCAAGGAGCAGCUACAACACCACGUUCGUGUCCAUGCAAUGGAUGCAGUAAUAGCGUGUUGGGAACUCGAGCAAAAUCUUCAGGUCUUGACAGGUGCCUCGCCUGGCGAAGGCACUGGGGCAACCAUGUCAGGCGACGAGGAAGAUCAAACUGAUGGUGACAUCAAUGGGUCUGAUGAAAGUUCAGAUGGAUUGGAUGACAUGGGUUUCGGCCUUCCCAACGAAAGAGAGCGUUCUCUCAUGGAGAACAUCAGGAAGGAGCUGAAGCAAGAACUCAAGCAAGGCUACAAAGAGAAGCUUUCCGACAUAAGAGAGGAGAUUCUUCGCAAACGAAGAGCAGGAAGGCUCCCAGGGGGCACUACCUGUCUUCUCAAAGCAUGGUGGCAAUCCCACUCCAAAUGGCCAUACCCAACAGAGGAGGACAAGGUUACACUGGUGCAACAGACCGGGUUGCAACUGAAGCAGAUCAAUAACUGGUUCAUCAACCAAAGGAAAAGGAACUGGCAGAACAACACAUCCUCCUCUGCUUCUCUCAAGAACAAAUGCAGAAGGUACACAAAGGAUACCUGAUCGAGAGUGUUGCGUUCAUAAAUUUGGGUUUCUAGACUGCUAGAUGAUGUCAAUUGGUUUAGUUUGAUGAGUAAUGAGGAAAGUGGGUAAGCAAAGCAGUCCACUGUCACUGUUCAUUCAGUGAUUCAAUGGAAGAACGAGAAGUGAAAGAAGACUAAAACAUGCAUGCAUGGAAUUCACAAGGAGUUGUACAAGUUUCUAUUUGAGCAGUAGUUUGAUUAUGAAUUGGCAUCAUAUUCAGAUUGAGUUAUUUCUA